CAGUGUCCCCGGCGCGGCGCCCACCCACCCACUUCGCCGGCGGCGGGAGGAGCUUUGGCCGGAGCCUCCCCCGCCGCCGCCGCCGCCGCCGCCGCCACCCUCACCGCCGCAUCGCCGCAGGAGGAGGAGGAGGAGGAGGAGGGAGGGAGAAGCCGGGGCACGCGGCCAUGGGGCACGGGGUGAGCUGCGCGCGCACCGGCGACGAGCACGACUUCUUCCGCGCGGCCCAGCUCGGGGACCUCGACGCCCUGGGCGCGCUGCUCGCCGCCGACGCCUCCCUCGCCCGCCGCGCCACGCUCUACGACCGUCUCUCCCCGCUCCACAUCGCCGCCGCCAAUGGCCGCCUCGAGGCGCUCGCCAUGUUCCUGGAUCGCGGGGCGCAGCCGGACGCCGUGGAUCGGCACAAGCAGACCCCCCUGAUGCUCGCCGCCAUGCACGGCAAGAUCGGCUGCGUGCUCAAGCUCCUCCAGGCCGGCGCAAACAUCUUGAUGUUCGACUCGGUGCACGCGCGGACCUGCCUCCACCACGCGGCCUACUACGGCCACGUCGACUGCCUGGACGCCAUCCUCUCCACGGCGCGGACCACGCCGGUGGCCGGCUCAUGGGGGUUCGCCCGGUUCGUCAACGUCAGGGACGACCACGGCGCCACGCCGCUGCACCUCGCGGCCAGGCAGGGCCGGCCGGGCUGCGUGCAGGUGCUGCUGGAGAACGGCGCCAUCGUGUCGGCAUUGACCGGAUCAUAUGGUUUCCCUGGUAGCACGUCGUUGCAUUUGGCAGCUCGCAGCGGGGACUUGGAUUGCAUCCGGAAGCUGCUUGCGUGGGGAGCUGAUCGGCUCCAAAGGGACUCUGCUGGGAGAAUUCCCUAUGUGGUGGCACAUAAGCGCAACCAUGGGGCAUGCGCAGCAUUGCUGAACCCUUCCUCGGCAGAGCCCAUGGUCUGGCCUUCCCCUCUGAAGUUCAUCAGCGAGCUCGACCCGGAAGCCAAGGCACUGCUGGAAGCGGCCCUGAUGGAGGCCAACAGGGAGAGGGAGAAGAAGAUCUUGAAGGACGCAAAGUGCUCGCCGCAGUCCCCUUUGCAAUACGAUGAUGAUCACAUCGACGACGACAUGUUCUCGGAGGUGAGCGACACGGAGCUGUGCUGCAUCUGCUUCGACCAGGCGUGCACCAUCGAGGUGCAGGACUGCGGGCACCAGAUGUGCGCGCCCUGCACGCUGGCGCUGUGCUGCCACAACAAGCCCAACCCGGCGACCCUGACCCUGCCCUCGCCGGCGUGCCCGUUCUGCCGCGGCAGCAUCUCGCGGCUGGUGGUGGCCCAGACCCAGACAGCAGACAACGGCGACCCCGACAGGCCAGCCUCCCCGCAGCUCGCGCACCGGCGGUCCCGGCGCUCUCACAACCUCAGUGAGGGCAGCAGCAGCUUCAAGGGGCUGUCCUCGGCCAUCUCCAAGAUCGCGCGCGGCUCGAGCCGGAUGGCCGAGAGCGACGGCGCUGCGAUGGACAAGCCCGAGCACGAUCUGUGACGGAGGCAGAACACACACACAAGACGGACAUUGCCAGUGAGCUCAUAUUUUGGAUUCCCCGGCUUCUGAAAAUCCCAGAUGAUGAGAAGAGAAGCGGAAAAAUUCCAUGGAAGCUUUAGGUAGGGACCAAAUAAGCAUCCUCCAUUUCCCACCCAUCCUUUUGUUUGUCUGCCUGUAUUUUUGGAGUCGCCGGCCAAUCUCGGAAAUGCAUAUAUGCUGAUCUCUGGAAUGAGACGAGCUGUUCAUCA